GUGAGUGAGAAAGUGGGCGGAGCCGAGGGAACGAAGCUAGAUGAGGACUUUACCGAAAUGGAAAAGAAGGUGGACACCACCACUCGAGCAGUGAUUGACAUCAUGACCAAGACUACAGAGUAUCUGCAGCCCAACCCAGCGACCAGAGCCAAGAUGAGCAUGAUGAACUCCAUGUCUCGCAUGCGCGGCCAAGAAAAGGGACCCGGAUACACCCAGACGGAAGCCAUUUUAGGAGAGUCCAUGCAGCGCUUCGGGCGGGAGCUCGGAGAGGAGUCUAAUUUCGGCUUGGCUCUAAUUGACGCUGGGGAAUGCAUGCGAGAGCUGGCAGAGGUCAAAGACGCCUUGGAUAUGGAGGUCAAGCAGAACUUCAUCGACCCGCUGCAGAACCUGCACGAGAAAGACCUCAAGGAGAUUCAGCACCACCUGAAGAAGAUGGAGGGGCGACGUCUUGACUUCGACUACAAGAAGAAGCGCCAAGGCAAAGUGACGGACGACGAGCUCAAGCAAGCGCUGGAGAAGUUUGACGAGUCCAAGGACAUCGCCGAGCUCAGCAUGUUCAACCUUCUGGAGAGCGACAUCGAGCAGGUGAGCCAGCUGGCGGCGUUGGUCCACGCUCAGGUGGAAUAUCACACCCGGGCAUCCGAAAUCCUCACGCAACUCUGCGGCAAAAUCGACGAACGGAUAAAGGAUUGCUCUCACAAGCCACGGAAAGAGUACACCCCCAAACCUCGCACCACUCUGGAUUUCUCCUCCAUCAGCGAGAACCACAACGGAGGCAUUCACACUUCAGGGUCACCUCCUCCAUCCUCCAUUUUGAACACAACGCUGCUUUCUACGAUAACCAAUUUUUCCAUUUUUCCAGCUCCCAUGGACCAGCCGUGCUGCCGCGCCCUUUACGACUUCGACCCAGAGAAUGAGGGUGAGCUAGGCUUCAAGGAGGGCGACAUCAUCACCCUGACCAACAAGAUCGACGAAAACUGGUACGAGGGGAUGCUGCACGGCAACUCGGGCUUCUUCCCCAUCAACUACGUGGACAUCCUGGUGCCCCUGCCGCACUAA